UGUAUAGGACUCGGUUAAGACACGCGCGUUCUUCCCCCUCCCCGUGAUCAGGCGCUAGGAACGACUGUUUGUGCACCUCGGUUCUACAGUAGUAGCCUGUGUGUUCACUGAACGAGCGGUGUCGCUCCAAUCAACGUACUUAUAUAUACUAAACAGCUUCGUUGUGUAUAUACUGUUAUAACUUGUCCUACGCGAACGUAACUUGUGCAGUGAGGAACCAACAUUUUACUGAAUGGAAAACUAAAUAGUUUAAAUCGCUCACACACCUGCCUGGAGAUCCAGGUGAGAGAGGAGCUAGUGAACAUGUGGGGUAUGUUCGUAAAACGCAACGUUUACCUGUGUCGGCUCUCACAGGUGUAAAAGUGAUACACACAUCAUAUGUACCUGACGGGUGGAUUUUACGCCAUAAUUUUCGUCUUUUAAUAGAAAAAAUAUAUUUGUGAAGAUAAUUUUCGAUUCGGAAUACAUUUAUAUAUAUGUUGGAUGAAAAUUCAACGCUGUAGCUAAGCCGAGAUGACAGAAUUGUUAAUUACGUGAGAGCUAGGGGAUCAGUGUGGUAUAAUAGUGUCUCCCUCCUUGUGCUAUAUGCUAUAACAGUGUCCCUUUGGAAUACACAGAGCAGCUAUGAUUUAAAAUCAGUGUCUUCUAAACAGCGGAGCCGCUUUCUGUAAAUCCCGGAAUCCAUCGUUUCGUUAUUUUGAUAUUACACAUGGGAAUGUGUAGUGUGUUUUAAGGCGGGAUUCGUCACGGAGGAGGAAAAGGGAGUAAAAGUUCGAAUAGAGAAAUAUUAAUUUUCUCUCUAAAUUUUAAAUUCAUUUCCACGCGAAGGAUUAUUCGAUUAUGAAUAUGGAUUACAAUUGGAUCUUAAGAACUUUAAUAGUAUUAUUUCAAUUUUCCUGGCACUUUUGUGUGGAAUUAAAUGCAGGGAUGCCUAACGUGUGCCCUUACCAGGAUGUUGAAAUGAAGAUGGUACGUCAGCCUUGUGCGCAGGCGUAUACACGACUAAUAAAAGUAUGGAAGCCCAAUUGUGGCUAUAAUGGAAACUGGUGUGUUGGGCACGAAAGAAGGACAUAUUACUACAACACAUAUCGGGAACGAUUUCAGCCCAGCUAUACCACCAAAUACAAGUGUUGCCACGGCUGGCAGGAACGAUCGGGGCAGACGGCCGGAUGCAUGUUCCGGCAAUGUAACCAGGGAUUCUGUUUCAAUGGCGGCCGGUGUCGGGGCGGGUACAGUCAGAUGUGUACGUGUCCAAGUGGAUUUCAAGGUCCUCGCUGUCAAUAUGAUAUUAACGAAUGUGUGAUGCAGUCCAAUGGGGGAUGUGAACAGGAGUGCUGUAAUAGUAUCGGAUCGUUCUACUGUAAAUGUCGCGACGGGUUCCAACUCGCCGAAGACGGAAAGCGAUGUACAGAUAUGGACGAAUGCCAGCAAAGAAAUGGUGGUUGUCAGCAUGGUUGUCAAAACACACACGGGGGCUUCCACUGCACAUGCCCGGCUAAUUACAGACUUCACGCUGACGGCAAAACUUGUCUCGCCGAUGAUGAGGAAGACUCUAAUGUUGUGGGUGCCCCUAUAGCUCUGCCCCUCGUGGGCAUCCCCAACCCUAACCAUCAUGAUACUCAGGUGGGCUCCAUUCGUGAGGACGAUGGAAGCCCACAGCAACUUGCAAAUUAUAUCCACGAAUCAUGGCAACCGGACGAAAUUCGAUAUAGGCGUCCUGUUAAUCAAUACCCAGGUAGUACCUCACCAAGUUACCGUGGAAACAGCAUUCAAGGUCGCAGAUUUCCAGGUACCUUGGAUGUCUUUGACCCAGCUAUCGUGAUCAGAGAUCGAAAAAUAUUGUCCAUUUCGGGAUGUCAGCGAGAUAACGGGGGCUGUCAACAUGACUGUCAGGACGGGUACGAUGGAAAUCACUACUGUAGCUGUCGAACUGGCUACAUCAUCAACUCAGACGGCAAAACCUGCGACAUGAAGGAUCCAUGUCGAGACAGAAACGGUGACUGUGAACAGAAAUGUUUGAACGAGAGAGGACGGGCCGUGUGUCGAUGUUUUGUGGGCUACAAACUGUCUCAAAACGGCCGUGACUGCGAAGAUAUGGAUGAAUGUGAGGCAAACAAUGGCGGAUGUACACAGGCCUGCAUCAACACCCAAGGAUCCUUCACCUGUACCUGUACGCCAGGCUACCAGCUCGGGGUCGACGGCCGAUCCUGCUACAGGAUUCAAAUGGAGGUUGUGGACAGUUGUAUGGUCAAUAACGGUGGAUGUGCACACAUUUGUCGUCACGGCCCUGGAGGACCAAUCUGUAGCUGUCGUCACGGUUACAUUCUCCAAGCUGAUGAGAAGUCCUGUGCAGAUGCUAAUGAGUGUGAGUUAGGAGAGGCGUGCUGUGUCCAGCUCUGUACCAAUAAUCCCGGAGGAUACACCUGUGGGUGUCGGCCAGGUUUCGUCCUCAAUAAGGAUGCCUGUGCCUGUGAUGAUAUUCAAGAAUGUUUAACUGACAAUGGUGGAUGCGAACAGCAAUGCGUCAACUCGGAGGGAUCAUAUGCUUGUGUGUGUCGGCCCGGCUACCGACUGGCACCCAACGGACGGCGGUGUCUUGUGGACUAUUCGGUGGACUUUCGUACCCCUGCCCCUCCUUUUCCUCCACAGCGAGGCCCCUUGAGGGGGGAUGUACCGUUCUCCCGUUAUAUUCGGUACCAGACAACUUCUGUACCGGUCCCCAUAAUUCCGGUACAGGAUGAGGAUGUACAAUUAUCUCAUGAACUCCCCGAACCAGAAAUAAAGUUUGAAUGUAUACAAGGGACUUUCGGAUCAGACUGUAUGUACUCGUGUAGAGACUGUGUAAACGGAGCUACAUGUAACGAUCGUCAAGACCAGUGUAUCUGUCGACCCGGCUGGCAUGGUCUCCUCUGCAAUCACACCUGUCCUGAGGGUUUCUAUGGUGACAACUGUAACAGCAUCUGUGAUUGUCAAAAUGGCGGAACCUGUGAUCCAGAGACGGGUAGAUGUAUAUGUCCGCCUGCAGUGGAAGGUCGUAGGUGUGAAGACGGGUGUCCCCGCGGGUUUUACGGAGCGAGUUGUAACAUCACCUGCCCGUAUCACUGCUCCAGCGGGCAUUGUAACCGGCUGCUCUACUACUGCCACUGUGAACUCGGAAAGUUCGGUCAGAGCUGUCAACUGGAUUGUCCCCCCUUCACCUAUGGAUCGAACUGUAUCAACGAGUGUGACUGCAAUAUUAACAACACCAAGACCUGUGAUGCCAGGACUGGAAAAUGUUCCUGUCAGCCUGGGUUUUAUGGUGAGAGGUGUGAACUCCCUUGCACCGAAGACUUUUGGGGUCCGGGAUGUCUGCAGCGUUGUAACUGUCGUAAUCAGAUGGUCUGCGAUCCCAUGGACGGUGUAUGUCGUCAUAACUGUCUGGCCGGAAAAACUGGAGAAGAUUGUGAAGAAUCGUGCCCUAGUGGUACUUUCGGUCUUUACUGUAAACACCGCUGUCAGUGUGGGGGAAGUGAAUGUUUGCCUGACACGGGGGCCUGCAUAUGUCAUGCCGGUCGACGAGGAAAGCACUGCAGAGACACUUGUGCAGAGGGAACCUGGGGUAUCAACUGUGAAAACAUCUGUAUGUGUAUGAACGGCGGGUCAUGUGACACGGUAACUGGAGAAUGCAUUUGUCCUGACGGCUGGUAUGGUCGCGAGUGUAAAGAAAUUUGCCCCCAGGGCCGGUACGGAGCUCAGUGCCUGUUGCGAUGUCUGUGUGAGAACAAUGCUCAGUGUAGCCCCAAGGAUGGUCGCUGUAACUGUUCCGCAGGUUGGACUGGUCAGAUCUGUGAUAGAGCUUGUCCAGCGGGUUCCUUUGGUCCCAGUUGUAAACAGAAGUGUCAGUGUCGUAACGGAGCCGAUUGUGAUCCCACCAAUGGGGAGUGUCUUUGUGCUCCGGGCUGGCAUGGACCUGGAUGUGACCAGAAAUGUGAGAACAAUACUUAUGGUCCUGGAUGCAGCCAACCAUGUCAGUGUUAUAACAGUGCCAUGUGUGACCACAUCAGCGGGGCUUGUGUGUGUACCUCUGGCUGGCGUGGCCGCAGCUGUGACAAGGCAUGUCCCGAGGGUUUCUUCGGCCUAGAGUGUCAGGGUGUCUGUAGUUGUGGUAACGGGGCCGAAUGUAACCACGUCGACGGGACCUGUCGGUGUGCACCCGGUUGGAUGGGCAACCAGUGCUCGGAGCCAUGUAUAGCAGGGAUGUACGGAAUAGAAUGUUCCCAAAGGUGCAACUGUCAAAACAGCGGUGUAUGUGACCACGUGUCAGGAACGUGCAUUUGUGAUAAAGGUUGGCGGGGCGCUGAUUGUGAGGAAGCCUGUCCACCCGGGCACUAUGGCAGUAACUGUUUGUAUAGAUGUUACUGUCUCAAUGAGGCAUCCUGUGACCACAUCAGUGGGGUGUGUAACUGUACGCGGGGCUAUACGGGGACCGCCUGCGAACUCACGUGCCAAGAGGGAAAGUACGGCCCGAAUUGCGCCUCCACGUGUGACUGUGUUCAUAGUGAGUCUUGUGACAAGUCCACGGGGGUGUGUAUAUGUAGUCCUGGUUACCGUGGUGAACGCUGCGAGACUGAAUGUCCUCAUGGAUUUUAUGGAAAUAAUUGUGAUGAGAGUUGUGAAUGUCAUAAUGGAGCAAAUUGUAACCACGAGACAGGACAGUGUACAUGUUUACCUGGCUGGAGAGGGCGCCACUGUCAUAAAGCUUGUACAUCAGGAUAUUUCGGUGAAGAUUGUAUCGGGAUGUGCGAAUGUGACCCAGGAAUGCCGUGUGAUCAUAUAACUGGCACAUGUAAAUGUCCCCCAGGUUUUACCGGAGAAAGAUGCGACAAAAAGUGUCCCACGGGUAAAUACGGUGAAGCCUGUCAAAAUAUUUGUGACUGUGUCGGACAUCACAUGACCUGCCAUCACGCCACCGGAGAGUGUGUAUGUAAACCAGGACAUAGAGGGCGCUUCUGUAACAAAGGAAGGAAAAAUAGAAAAGGUAGAAAGAAAGGAAAAAAGCAGCGCGAUGAAGAUGAAAGCGAAUUGGACAACGUAAUAAUAUCGGAAUCAUUUGACUUACUCCAAGAUGUCAAACCAGAAACAGCUUCAUGGAUAUCAGGAUGUAUGGAAGGUAAGUUCGGACCUAGUUGUGAGCGUGACUGUCAGUGCGAGAACGGAGCCACAUGUCACGUGAUCACAGGGGCUUGUCUGUGUCGGGAUGGAUACUUCGGUCCGACAUGUGCCCAGAAAUGUCCGGAAGGUCGCUACGGAACAAACUGCUCUGAGAUCUGUCAUUGCCUUAACGGUGGAAAAUGUGGGCGUAUCCACGGGAGAUGUAAAUGUCACCCUGGUUAUACAGGCUUCCUGUGUGAGGACGAAUGCAGAGAAGGUUUCUUUGGUUACAACUGUGCACAGAAGUGUAACUGUAGCGACCAUGGGUCAUGUGACCACAUCACAGGGACCUGUCACUGCCACCUCGGCUACACAGGGCCUAGCUGCAACAAUGCAUGUCCCGUGGGCAGAUUUGGCCCUGAUUGUAGACAUUCCUGUAAUUGUCAAAACCGAGCUCCUUGUGAUCCGGUGACGGGGUGCUGUUCCUGUACCGAGGGCUUCUACGGCCCAAGUUGUGAAUUAGCAUGCCCAGAGGGAACACACGGCCCUUACUGUCGGGAGCGGUGCGACUGUGUGAACGGGGCCACAUGUAACCCUCAAACAGGGCAGUGUAGGUGUCGCCUAGGCUUCUUUGGAGACAGGUGUGAAGCAGUUUGUCCCAAGGGAAGAUACGGCCUCCAUUGUCAGCAGAUCUGUGACUGUGAACGGGGGUCAUGUGACCACAAGACGGGGGCAUGUUAUUGUCCAGCAGGACUGUCCCUCCCUAACUGUGCUAAUGUAUGUAAGAAGGGGAAGUAUGGUCCCAACUGUGAAUAUUUCUGUGACUGUGAUAACGGAAGUACUUGUGACAUAAUGUCGGGGUCGUGUAAAUGUGCCGUGGGAUUUCUCGGCUCUCAAUGUCAACACAGCCUCCAAAAACCAAAAGAAGAGUAUAACAAGCCAUGGAGAGGAGAUAUACCAUGGGAAAUUCACAAUAGGGAUUGGAAUAAACGAAAAUAAUAUUCACUGCGGAACAUGCAUUCACUGCGGACUAGAAUGCAUUAAAGGUGGACAAGGAAUACAAUGGUGGACAUCUAUUGUGGAUGAGAUUGUAUUCAUUCCCUGCAGGAUAGCUAUUGUUAAUUUAUACUUAAUGGAGCUAAAAUUGUGAUACAUGUGUAUAGAAAGCAUUUAAAAAUAACUUGUUUACUGAAUUGUAAAAAUCAUUCUAUGUUGACUUUUGUUAAUGUAGGCGCUGCGACGAAAGUUGGGUCGCAAACAAAAGUAAUUUGUUUUGUAGCUUUGCUAUACAGAAUGAUAUACGUGCUUAAAAUUUCACAGGAGACUCUGUGACAUGUUGUAAAUGAGAAUCAAAGACUACGACUGGUCUGUGAUCCUGGCAGUUGAAGGAGGAUUGUUGGCUAAACGCAUGUACUCGGUGACAUACAUAUACAUAAUUAAUAAAGCUUAGGCAGUCUACAGACCGGAGGUUGGUCCACAGCCCAUACCCUUGUAGCCUCAGGAUAUCCGAUUGUAUCUCUUUGGAGCGGAGAGUGUUGGAAUCUGAAGUAUACAAACCAAAGAGUCCCACAUGGAAUAAAUUAAAGUCAUCAAAAUGUGUAUGUCAUGAAUGUUGAUCUGAUGUAUGAUGAUAUAUGCAUAUAUGCAGUGAAGGGUCUCAGUGUGAUCCUGAUGGACAGGUGAUGUCUAUGUAGAGGAGAUACAGUGACAUGUACAUAUAAACUGCUUGUUAGAAGAUUGGUACUAGAGACAGCUAUGAACAUGGACACUAUAUGACCAUUUUUGAAAGAACUUACGUAAAUGUAGACACAAAAUGUACUGUUACAAGAUUGAGAAUGCUCAGAAAGUUGACAACCACACAAGUCUACACGUAAUGGAGAUGACCACUGUAGCGAGCAAGUGGCAUCACAAUGGCUGCGAAUGACAAGCGAUGACCACUGUAGCAAGAUUGUGGCAUAAAAAUGGCUGCAAGGGACAAGUGAUGGCUACUGUAGCACAAUUGUGGCAUUAUAAUGGCUACCAAGGACUAGUGAUGGCCGCUAGAGCCUUAUUUUGUGAACGGACUGGAAAUGGGUAAAACAGACUUUAAACAAUUGACAUGAAGAUGUGGUAGCAACAGAUAGGUGACUCAAAUGUGGUCGUAAUAGACAGGUGACCCUACAUGUGAUGUGGCGAAAAGGUGGUCAUAAUAGACAGAUGGCCCUACAUGUGGUUGUUAUAGACAGUUUUAUCCUAUACAAUAUGAAUACUGAUCCGGUAUGUGAUGACCAUUUUCUCCAUGAACUUGUACCAUAUCUCAGCCAUGUCAACAUUCAACAUAUAUUCGUUGUUGUGCAUAAUAUUUGUCAGUAUGUACUAGAAAAAAGUCAAUCGUUAUUAUUAUGUACCAACCAUUUCUGUAAGAAGUGGAUUUAACCGGUUUUAACAAGUGUAAGGAAGCUCAUUAGAACCCAUCAAAACUUUUCCCUACAAAGAACCAUUUUUUUUUUUCAAUUUUCUGUUUCUUUAAAUGUCAUGUUUCGGUUAAUAUCAUGUGUUCAUCUGACAUGUGAGAAGUGAUAUUAAAUACUAUCUACUGUUUGCCGUUGAGAUUGCCUCCUCCAUUAAGCAGCUAGGAAGAAUAAGUAUGUCCUUCGAGGGCAUUCCGUAUUUGAGCAAGGUUUCAGUGACGUCCUGGUGUGUCCUUGCCAGGUCCUGUUGAAUUAUAUUUACUGUACCAAUAUACUGCUGAACUUCUCCUGUAAUUUAUUAAGAUCUCUUCAGGUUGUGUCAGGCUUCUACUGAGCUUCCUUUACUGUACAAUACCUUGAAUCUGUGCCAGUAUGUGCUUCAUUUUUAUUUCAUGUUUUUUUAUCGUAAAUAGCAGAUACAGUAUUUUUUGUUUCAUAUACAUGAUAUGUUUCGUAUGUUAACUAUAUACAUUUGUAAAUGUGAGCUAGUGUUCGUGUAUGUCGUUGCUAACUGUCACAUGGUAGACAAACUUGUAGAAAUCUCCCUCACUAUGAUAGUGAUUGAAACAUAACACCUUAAAUUAAGGCAUUCCGGUGAUCUGUCGUUGGCAUCCUAUCUCAUCCUGGAUUGACUGUACUUUGUUUUUUGUGCAUGCAAGCAUUGCCAUUGUUUGUCACUAGCAUCACAAGGUGGGCAGAAAUCUUGCUACUAGCAUCACAAGGUACGUGGACAGGAAUCUUGUCACUAGCAUCACAGGGUGGGCAAGAAUCUUGUCGCUAGCAUCAUAAGUAGGGCAGGAAUCAAAUCCAGCUUAUGAUAGGCCGAGAAUUAGGUUUCAUCUUGAGGUGCAUUGGAUGUGUACCUUAGUUAUCUCGUAUAUAAGCAUUCUCAUAUAUCUGUUCAUAAUAUAAUCACGUGUCACGACAAGAUGAAGCAAUGAUGAAGCAUAUAACAUCAAAUGACAUCACAAGCUAGCUGUGUUGACUGUGCGUUGGUCGUCCUCCAUGUAGGCCAUAUGAGGGUUCAUCAUUGGCAUUACGUGUCAUUGCGAACUAGAUUGAUUGUAGUUUUGAAGUCCUACAUCUCGGCAUUAUCAAGGUCCGUCAUCUGCUUCAAUUGUCAUCUCGAGCUAACGAAGUUGACUGUUGAUAGUCCUGCUUGUCUGCUUUCUCCUGAUCUGUCACCAACAUCACGUGUCAUAUCAAACUCUGUUCACUGUAAAUUAGUAGUUUUGUUUUUAAGAAUUAUCAUGGUCAGCCACUAGAAUAAAAUAUUAUAAAAUAGAAUGACUGUGUUCUUUGGUAGUCCUGUAUUUGAGCAAUCAACACUUACCUGGAAUCAUGUGUAUGAGACAUAAGCCUUUAUGCAACAUAACAUCAAGACAAAUAUCAAACUAACCAGACUUUACUCUCAGUAGGGACAGGACUAUUGCCACGACUGAAUCAUGUCCCAUUAUACAUGUUUUAUACAUGGUAUGUAUUGAGUUAUAGUACGCUGUGAUAUUCAUACUUACUUAAUCCCAGGUAUAAACACAAUAAUUACCACAGCAUCGUCGCACAGGGACACAAUCCGGAUUCAAAGCGGAUCCUGAAAGACAUGUAGACAUGUAUGAAGCAUCUUUACAAGUUGGUUCAUUGGUAUAAACCGUUAUGCGGGUGGAAUGGUUCUGAGGACCGUAGGUCAUGCAAAAUGUGCUUCUGUAGUAUAGGUUUCUCUAUCUACUGUUGGAAUACUAAGAUGCGAUCAAUUUUGAAUAAGUACCAAACCAAAUAUCUCCAUUUCAGAACCUCGUACAGAUAUGUUUACUGAGCUAACGCGAAUGUUACAUGAGUAAUUGUAAGAUUCUUGCGAAAGGCAUAUUUGCUGUUUGUAUUCUACGUGUAACUGUUACUGCUUGGUCAUCCAUAUAUUUCUUUUCAUUUUUGCAAGUCCACAUUUUGAAAUUAAAUGUUAAUGAAAAUGAAAUAUUAGAAUGAAUUCUUGAUGUUGUGUUUGUGAUGUUGGCGACGUGGUAACAUUAUCAUUUGGUAAUUAUUAGACUUUCGAUAAAUCUUAGAAAACAACUAGGUAAAAUAUGACGGCUCUCGUAAAUAUAGUUUAAAAGACAAAGGUUAUUAGCUGAAGAUCUUGUAAAUAUUUUGCUGUAUACUAGAAUGAAUUUUUGUGCAUACAGAAGACAAAACAAGUGAUUCAUGCAAUUUUUAAUUUGAAGUAUGAUGUUUUAAAUAAAUAGAAUUUAAGCAGAAUUGUUGAACUGGCAGGUUUUCAUUUUCCCUCGAAAACUACAAAAAAUUUACCUGGUAUACAGCUUCCAGCACAAUAAACAGUUAUACAGUAGAUUGUAUAACGAGAGUCUGAUAAGAAAUCCACCUAAAAUUCUUUACAAAUGUCAUAUACUUCAGUGAAAUCUUGUGUAUGGCUGAUUUUAUUAGUGAUUUUAACGUGUGCUGAUAAUACCUUUGGGUGAAGGUCAAUGCCACUUAUGCAUUGUCGGAAUCAAUUUACAUGUUUAGUUCGGUCGCUGUUUCACGAAUGUUCCUUAAUUUAAGGAAAUAUUAUUGCAAAUAUUGCUUUCUUGUAAAAAUAUAUAUUACGAUGAAGUUCGUUAAAGUAUAUAUUACCGUUCCCUUUGUUUAUAAGGUACUUUAACGCGUCAUAAUAAAUGGUGAUAUGUUACAAGAUUAUCAAUUAUAAGUGUUUUUUGUCAAAGAAAAAUCUUGAAUACUCGAUCAGAUACCUCGGAAAGAUGAUACAUAAACGUCUGUGUUUCGACAGGUUUGCCGCGUUUAUAAAGAAUUAUUUUGUAUUUAUGCUAUUUACAUGUGCUGUUUUGUCACUGCUUCUGUCAAACAGGGUGAGCGAUUUAUUAUAGAUACACAAUGAAUGAAUCAUCAAGGUUGCUUAUUGAUGUAUUUUUGCCAGGUAUCAAUGAAAUACUCAAUAGGCUUCUGAAAAUUGAAAAUAAAACUUGUGACAUUGUUUCGGAUAUAUCCUGCCUCAUAAGGAUAAGCAUUUUCUCCAACUAUAAAAGAAAAAAAUAUCUGAUCAAUCUUAAUUAUGUCUUGGUUUGUCACUUGAAGUAUUUCGGCCAAGGAUUUUCAUAACGUACAAAAGCAAACCUGUCCCACAGCUAAACUAACACCGAAAUUAUUAAGUAUUUGCAAGACGCGGCACGUUUUCAUCGAAAUCCAGUCAUUCUGGUUUCAGAUAAAUGAAAGAAUUUGUAGUGGAGUAUAACUUAAACAUAAAUCAAAUCCAAAAUUGCGGGUUAUAAAUGCAUAAGUUAACAUAACUGCCACCCAGCCUACUUUUCAUUUUGACUUUGCCCUGGUUAUUGAAGUCAUACUAUUGGUUGAUGUGGUGUUAACUCAUUCACCACUAAGACACAUGUGAGCUCUUCCAAUUCAAAGGUUGAAAUAGUUCAUUUUGACAUUUCAGGGAUGAAUGGGUUAGAAGACACUGGUCAUACCCUAUAUCAUUGUUAUAUAUAUAUGGUUAUGUUGAGGUUUUGACUUUGUAGGAAAGGUAGUACGAAUGGUCGACUUUGCAAGGUAAGAAAUGGUAAUAGGAUUAGCGAAUUUGUGAGAAAUGUAGUUGCGGAUAGCCAAGUAGGUGAUAUUUGUAAGAAUUUUCGUAAUGGAUGUUUGACAUACAUAUAUGAAUUUCAUACAUAAUGAUUUUUGUUUUAAACUUUGUAGUAGAUCUAGUUAUAGAAAAACGAUUUCAGAAAUUUCCCAAUGUGCAAUAUUUAGCUGUAGACAAUGAUGCAUGCUAUUAUGUUAUUCCGCUUCAUUACAAGUUAAGGUCAUAUAAUAUCAAAUGCCAGGCAUUUUUUUUAAUGAAAGUCAGCUUGAAAAUUGUACCUGAUUCCACUGAAAUCCAAUGCAACCCGAAAGAAAAUCUGAUUAAGGAAAACAAAAUUAACUUUAUAACUUAUGAAAUGUCAUUCUGCAAAUUGAGGGAUGUUAUAGAAUUUGUUAUCGAAAUACUUGUUAUAUUUAAAGGAGCCGUUGUGAUGUUAGUCUUUCAUAGAUAGUAAAUUUACUCAUAUCAUUUUAAAACGUUGUUUUGAUUUGUAAAGUUUAACCAAAUGUAUAUAGUGCAUUGUUCAAGUUUAGAAAGACAUCUACAGUGUUUUAUCUUGAUGUCUGAAAAAGAAAACUAACCCUGGUUCGACUUUACAUGGGAUGAUACCAUGUUGGACGUUGUUGUUGCUUUUGAUACAUUGUCAGGUAUUUUGUUUAUUCAUAAAAGUCUACAUGUGUAUUGAAUGGUGAUUUUGUUCUGACAUAUAUCGUUUUUAAGUGAAUGGUUAAAACAGAAUUCAUUCUUCAAGAUGCAAAAAAAAAAAAAAAAUCAACUAUGUUUUCAAAACUUAUUAUUGUGUUGAUUUUCAUCUUUUGUUUUUAUAGAAUGUGUUAUUGAUAUUAAAACGAAAAGCAGUUUAAAGAAAAAUGGUCACAGUGAAUAUUGCAUCAGUAAUCAGGUAGGUUUGAUUUUUCAUUAAUUAAGUAUGACCACAAGGAAAAUUUGGCCGAGUAACGAAACCAAAUACAAGGACACCAUGCAUGGUGUAAGUACAACGUUAGUUUCGGAAAAUAAAUUGAUGAUAUUGGAGUUUAUAUUGAAUUUGAAUGAGGAAUCAUAUCGAUUCAUCUUCCUUCAUAUCUAUGUAAAGAUAUUACAUUUUGUUCUCUUGCAAACAUAUAGAGGAUUAAUCCCUGCAUUGAAUUUGCUACAGGUUACUGCCUUACCGAAUAUCCCUUCACCAUAUUCCUGUAGGUAAUGCCAGAAGUAAGGGACCAUUUCAAUCUCAUAUAAUAAAGUGAAUGUUUACAUUGCUUGACAUCGUCAAUAUAAAUUGAUUAAACAUUUUUGGCGGAAACAAGAUCAACAGAGAAGCCCCACAACCGUAAUUGAUAAGGUUUUACGUCACCAUAGCUAUAUGACGUCAUCAUAAAUACAAAUAUUCAUUCUCGCCCAGGUAAACGUUGUCUGAAAUAGUAGGUUUUGUUAUCUUCAUUUGUCCGUAUACUGAAGAUUAAACACAAGCUUUAGUUUAUCUGGUUUGCUAUGUCAGGCUUGUACUGUACGAGAAGGAUGACCCUGACUUAUUUUAUACUGUCAUAUACGAUGUACAAUGUAUAUUGAUGUAUGAUCUUCGGUAGUGCUAUUUGUAAAUGGUUCAUGUUUUGUUUUACACUUUAAGUAGUGAUCUGUUCUGAUUGUUUUCAUCACAAUGAUAUUCCGUGUAUACUGUACAGAGGGAGCAGUCUGUUUGACCGUACCUCGCUAAUCCAGUCACCUUAUAAUUAUCUUUAUAAUGAUGUCCAUUUAUGUCAUGUUAUUAAAACGUGUUCUCUACAAGUACCAUUCUAACACAAUUAUUUAUAAAUCGUAUUAUGUAUUUGUCUUCAAAAGAAUAAAUGAAAAUAUUUACUUUUUA